AUGGAUUAUAACGACCACGACAAUGGACAACUGCAAAUUUUGUCUUGGCGUCAUCUGCUCUUGAGCAGAACCAAACUGAAAAGAUCCAGUCGAACUUCUGCCCUGUUAUCCGGUUUUGCAAUGAUGGCUAUUGUUGAAUUAGAGUUAGAUGAUGAUACCGAAGUACCAGAUAAUUUAUUGAUAUGCUUUGGAGUGUGUACAACUUUAUUGGUGUUUGUCCAUCUCUUGGCUUUAUUGAUAAGUACAUGUAUACUGCCAUAUAUAGAAGCUGUGAGUGGUACACACGAUAUAUCUAUGGUUCACGACUCUCCACAUGAAAGCAUGAAAUGGUGUGUUGAGCUAGCAUGGAUAAGUUCCACUGGUAUUGGAAUUAUUCUAUUUUUGGCACAACUUGGAUUACUGGUAUGGGUGAAGUUCUAUUGUUUAAGUAUAAAUACAGCCAUUGCAUCAACGUGUAUAGUCAUUCCAGGAGCCAUUAUGUUUGUUGCCUUUGCUUUACUCUUUUAUAAAUCUCUGAUGAAACACAAAAAUACAAGACAUUCUGAAGGACUGAAAGAGUUGGAAGAUGAGCUAAGAGCAAUAUAUGUGUAUAAUAAUAAAAAACUGUUAGAUUCCUCUCAGAGUCUGUCUGAUAAUUGUUAAAUAAAAUAUACUAUAAUGUAGAUAAUAUAUUGGGGAUCAUGCCAGCUCUAAACUACUAUACCGAAAACAGAAAACGGCAGCUUUAUUUUGUUAGGCUAUGAGCUGCACAUGGUUUUAGAGAAGCAAGCUGCUGUUAUUGAUAACAUUCUUAAAAAUAUUUGUCAUACAUGUAUUUAUUACUAUUUCAGUGGUUGAAACCAAUGACUUUUUGUUUUAUUCAUGGAAACACGAGCUAGCUCCAAUCAAGCUUCACAAUCUAUUACAAACUGUGUCUAAUACUUUGACUGCAAUAGGCAUCUUUCUUGUAUAAGGGAACUAUGUAAAUACAGAGUUUUGAUUGGACUGUAUCACAUAUUUCCAUGAUACAAGAAAGACAGCUAUUGCAGUGAAGGCACAGUUUAUUAAAGUUUGACAUUGUGAAGAUAGCUCCAACAAAGCUUUUUUAUUUUAAAGAGCAAUGUUUUAUAUUAAUCAGUUUAUCUGACAUGUCCUUUCAAAUCUUGCUGUUUAGCAGCUGCUUUUUUUUUCAUCUGUUGUAAUCUUUUAUCAGCUACUAAGGCAUUCAUAGAACUAGUCGCACUGAUAGUGGAGCUUUUACUAGAUGAACUGCUUGAGGACUUCUCUGAGCUCGAUGAGGACUUCUCUGAGCUUGAUGAGGACUUCUCAGUUGACGACUUCUCUCCAGAACUCUUAGAGGGCUUCUCUCCUGAAGAUUUGGAAACUUUUUCACUAGAACUCGAAGAUGACUUUUCCACACUGCUACUAGAUGACUUUUCACUAGAUUUUGAGGAUGAUGACUUGCUUGAUUUUGAGCUCGAGCUGGAACUUGUUUUUGAAGAGGAGCUUGAUUUUGAUGCUUCUGAUUUUGAAGAGCUACUUUUGGUUAAAUCUGUC